AUGACUAAGGGAACCUCGGAACCGGGGGGGAGUGGAGGCGGUGGCUUCCACGCGGUUCACGCGGAGCGUGACCUAGAAUCCAAUUGGGAAGUUGACCUCGCCAAGAAACUUGAGGAGUAUUUGCUGAAAAUUUGUUCAGGCGAGAUCACUGGGGAGGAAGAAGGACAUAUUCCUGUGAAUUUCGCCGAAGCUGCUCUGCUGCUUCAGGGUUCCAUACAGGUGUAUAGUCGAAAGGUGGAGUAUCUCUACACCUUGGUCUUGCGUGCUUUGGAGUUCCUUUCCCAGAAAAGUUACAGUUUUGUCGCGGUCCUUGAAAUAAUUGGAAAUUGCAAAAAUGUGGAUACAAUUGUGAUUUUGGACAUACCCAGAAGCGUUAAUAUUGUGGCCAAAAUCGCUGAUGCGCUUUAUAAUCUUGAACAUAGACAGCAGGAUCAUAUUGAUGGGGAAUCAGUCCAACCCGAAGAAAGUGGUCCCCGUGCUGUUUCUGAUGAGGAAAAUGAUCAAUUCUGGGGCUUAGAUGACAUCCAAGGUACCCUAUUUAAUGGAGAUGACUGA